AUGAAAUCAGAUACACCACCUGAAUAUACUAAUAGAUCAUCAGAUAAUUAUGAAGAUGAAUUUCCCCCAGAGUUUUCAACCCUUGAACAACAUGAAUUGCCAGAAUAUUUUCAAACUACUAAAAAUCCAGGAUGGACAAUUAUUAUAAAUAAUCGAUUUUGGUUAGAUGGAUUUCGAAUAUUUGUUUCAUUAGAUGCAGCUUAUAAAUUUUCAGUGUUCAAAAAAAAUAAAACUCCUGAAAUUAUUGAUCUUCAAGAACAAGGAUUUGGUGUACCUAUACUCAAAGCAAUUACACCAAAUGUACCAUUCACUAAUAAGUUUCUAACAUUUAGAAGAUAUGUACCUACUAAUCUACAUCCAUUUGAUAUUGAUAAAGAUUAUUAUGAGUAUUGUGUCGUGAAGAAAACCAUUCAUGUGGGUUAUGAUACAUUUAUUUUUGAGUUUAAACCUGAUCCGAAUGUACGCAAAUCGGAUUUCACGAUCACAAUGUUUUCUCAUAGCCAAUUACCUAUAAAUGAUUAUAUAUACAAAGGGAAUAAACAUCGAUGGGUAGAUGAAACUCAUGGGAAAGGUUUUCGAAAAAGAUGGAGUAUGAAAUUUGGAUUCAAACAUACUAUUUUACGUUCGGAUCAACUUUCAUUAACUGAUAAUUGGGAUGGUAAAGGUGAUAAAUUAAAUAAAACAAUUAAUAAAAACCCUUACCUUGAAGGAUAUCUAAAGAAAAUGUUCUCUGUAUCUGCAAGAUUACCCAAACAUGAAUAUUAUGGAAAUUUAUGUUCAGAUACAUUAGGAGAAACAGAACAAUUUUUUAAAACGGGAUACGCAGAAUUAAAAAUUGACGAUAUAGCCAACCCUAAUUCAAAUGUUAAUUAUGAAACUAUAUUUUCUUUGACAGAAGAUCAUUUGGUAACUAUUUGUAUAGCAACUGUGUUGAAGAGACAAAAGGAUAUUGAAGAAGACAGGAAAAGAUCUUCAAGUGGUGGUGGUGGAGGUGGUUAA